AUGAUCAAGCACGGCUUGCCCGUCGACCAUGGCCCGGAAAAGGACAAGGCCAUUGCCUGGUUUAACAAAUCUUACAAGGAUGUGCGUGGCGCCAUCCCAAAGGAGAGGCGCUUCGAGUCCUCCGCCAAAGACGGCUUCAAGCCGCUGUGCGAAUUCCUCCAUAUCUCUGUACCACUGGUCAAGGAUGACAGUGGCUUCUUUUCUCCAACCUCAAUGAUGGCGCUUCCUUCAGCUCGAGGCAAGUUAAGCUCAAGGCUGUCAAGUUUUGAAAAAAGCCAAGACCUUGAGCUUAACUUGCCUCGAGCUGAAGGAAGCGCCAUCAUUGAGGUUGGAGAAAAGAAGCCACUGUCAUCCUUGACCAGUGGUACAGAGAUAUGGAGGAAUUCGCACAGCGGCUUGAAGCCGUCUUUGGCGGAGGACUCGAAGCGCCUCUCCUUUGGGAUGGCGCCACGCACAUCCUUGUAA